AUGGAUGGGUCUCGUGAAGAGCUGCAUCGAUUAAGGCCUCGUUUUCUCUUAGCAGUCUUGCUCGAGAUUUUCUCAGCAAUCUACGGACGAGAAGCUGGUUUUGACAUCUCCUCAGAUCCGAAUCCGAAGGCCGGAGGAGUGGCAUUCGGUUGGGCGAAGGAGUUCCGCUUGUUAGCGUUUCUGAGUUUUGUGAUGGUGAGUUUCACAAUCGCUCGCGUGCCGCUGGAGGCUGAACGGCUUCGAAGAGCACAAGAGGAGUGCGACGUGUACCUGGGCCUCGGUUCACUCUGCCUCUUGAUCUCGCUCUCUUUCUCGGCUUAUGUUCACUGGUUCGUCUGA